AUGAAAAGAAAUUUCACCUCAGUAUCUGAAUUUAUUCUCCUGGGACUGACCAACCGCAGGGAUCUGCAGAUAAUCCUCUUCCUGCUGAUUCUGGUCAUUUACCUGAUCACAAUAGCAGGGAACCUUGGCAUGAUUGUACUCAUCCAAAUCAACUCCAAACUCCACACUCCCAUGUACUUCUUCCUGAGUCACCUCUCCUUUGUGGAUCUGUGCUUCUCCACGAAUGUCACCCCGAAGAUGCUGGAGAUUUUCUUAUCUAAGAAGAAAACUAUUUCCUACCCUGCAUGUUUGGUGCAAUGUUACCUUUUCAUCGCAUUGGUCCAUGUGGAGAUCUAUAUCCUGGCCGUGAUGGCCUUUGAUCGGUACAUGGCCAUCUGCAACCCUCUGCUCUAUGGCAGUAAGAUGUCCAAGGGGGUAUGUACAUCACUCAUCACAGUGCCUUAUGUGUAUGGGGCACUGACCGGCCUCAUGGAAACCAUGUGGACCUAUAACCUGGCCUUUUGUGGUCCCAAUGAGAUUAACCACUUCUACUGUGCAGACCCACCCCUCAUCAAGCUGGCUUGUUCGGACACCUACAACAAAGAAACAUCCAUGUUUGUGGUGGCUGGAUGUAAUCUUUCCUUUUCUCUCCUCAUCAUUCUGGUGUCCUACCUUUAUAUUUUUCCUGCUAUCCUGAGGAUUCGUUCCUCAGAAAGCAGACGUAAAGCUUUUUCCACCUGUGGCUCCCAUCUCACAGCUGUCACUGUAUUCUUUGCAACACUUUUCUUCAUGUAUCUCCGACCCCCCUCAAAGGAGUCGGUGGAGCAGGGGAAAAUGGUGGCUGUGUUUUAUACCACAGUAAUCCCAAUGCUGAAUCCUAUGAUUUAUAGUCUUAGAAAUAAGGACGUGAAAGAAGCACUAACCAAAGAGUUGUUAAGGAAAAAAGUACUUUCUUAA